AUGGAGAAAACUGAUAAUGACAGGGCUCAGGUUAAGGAUCAUUUUCCAAGGAUCGUAAUGCUCAUAAUCCUCACAGAGUUCUGUGAACGGUUCUCAUAUUCUGGCAUGAGAGCAUUCCUUACCUUAUACUUACGUAGUAAGUUGGGUUAUACUGAUGAAGGGGCGACGGAGACUUAUCACGUUUUCAGUACAUUUGUUUACGUGUUUCCAAUUAUCGGUGGAAUACUUGCUGAUAACUGGCUCGGAAAGUUCAGGACCAUUUUAUAUUUGAUGUUUAUAUACGCAGCUGGCAAUAUUUUAGUAGCAGUGACAGCAAUUCCAGUGCUGCAUAUACCCGCAAAUUUAUGUACUCUCCUGGGCUUGUUUAUGAUAACUCUCGGUACAGGAGGUAUAAAGCCAUGCGUUUCUUCGUUUGGUGGUGAACAGUUUAAAUUGCCUCAACAGGAAAACCAUUUGGCUGUCUACUUUAGCAUCCUAUACUUUACAUUAUGUGUCGGUAGUAUGAUAGCGAAGAUUGUCUCGCCGAUAUUAAGGUCUGAGGUGCAUUGUUUUGGGGAGAAAGACUGCUAUUCGCUGGCAUUUGGCGCUCCGGGCGUGGUCGUUUUGAUAUCUAUUGUUAUUUUUGUGAGUGCAAAGAGGAGAUAUAUAAUAAACAAACCAGAUGGGAAUGUGUUGCUGGAUUUUGUAAAGUGCAUUUUUUUAGGUUUAAAGACUACACUUAUUAAAGGAAAGGAGGAUAAUAACGCUCAUUGGUUGGAUAGCACGCAACACAAGUAUGACAAAAGUUUCAUUAGAGAUGUGAAGAAAACGUUAUCUAUACUUAUGCUGUUCACUGUAUUACCGGUGUUUUGGGCUCUGUUAGAUCAACUGGGUUCCAGGUGGACACUACAAGCAACAAAGAUGGACGGAACCCUGGGCUUGAUUACGGUUAAGCCAGAUCAGUUGCAAGUGAUUACACCCGUUUGCAUUUUAAUUUUCAUCCCUUUGACACAAAAGUGGGUUUAUCCACAUUUGGAAAAGCGUAAUAUCAUGAAGAAUCCAUUACACAAGCUAGCAGUAGGGGGGAUAUUGGCUGGGUUUGCGUUUAUUGCUUCGGCCUUCGUUGAAAUAUAUAUUAAGACUACAUAUCCAGAAUUGCCGCAAGCGGGAUAUUCACAACUUCGUAUUUUUAAUGGCAACCCUUGUUCUAUUUCCAUUUAUAACGACCAACAAAACAUAACAUACACGAUACCAUCUCUUUCGCUCUAUACGAAUAGGCACAUACGUGCCAGAGGAACAGAGAAUCUGACGUUAGCUUUAGGCGGGAAUUGUAUACAACCGCGAAACGAAAUAUUUUGGUUGGAGGAAAAUAAUGCUGUUUCGUUUUAUUUAACCGGUGAUAAAAUGACGAGGUUUAUGGAUAAUGUUGAUAAGAGCAAAUCGGGUCUUCCUGUUGUUAGGUUCCUAGUAUCAGAAAAAGUGAAUGCGACAAGCGUAUCGCUUUUCAAUGAAAAGAGGAAUCAAGUAGAGUGUCGUAUCCAUACCGGCAUAUCGAAGUACACUGACGUUUUCGCCUCACAGUACACUAUGAGAGUGAAUAAUUCCGUCACGAAAGAACUAAGAAUGCUGAGCGGUGGUGUGUACGCGAUAAUUAUUGGAGACGAUUAUAAAGCCUCGUUAAAUAUCAUCACUCAACCGAAUUCAAUCACAAUGGCCUGGCUUUUGCCUCAAUUUAUAAUUAUUUCGAUAGCCGAGGUUCUCUUUGCGGUAACUGGUAACGAGUUCUCGUUCAAAGAAUCACCGGAGAGUAUGAAAGCUGUUAUGGCAGCAGCUUUCCUGCUUACUGAGGCGAUUGGAAAUGUGAUUAUUAUAGUUAUAACGAGAGUCUUUGUUAACUAUGCACAGGAAACGCAGUCAUUCAUCUACUCUGGACUGAUGUUUGUGUCCAUAGCACUAUUCCUCUACAUAUCUCGUAGUUAUAAGAUUGAAGAUGAACCGAAAGUGAUUGAAUGUCGUAGAAAUUGUGAAGUCUUUUACCAACAAGUGAAACAGAUGGAAGAUCCCUUAUAAUAGGAAUAAAUAAUUA